AGGCAAAUAACAUCCUUUCUAGUUGGUUUGCUAUAAUUGAAGGUUAUCAGAGGUGUUGCGAGUGACAAUAGCCAGAACACAAAUCUAAGUUACCAUGAAGUCCACCUGCCUGAUCAUUCUGGCAUCUCUGGCAGUCUGCAACCUGACCGUGGCUCGAGGACAGAGCAUCCCCGAUCAAGAGAAAACGGGAGACCGGCAGAUAGACGACAUCAUCCUACAGAGGGCCGAGGGCAUCCUGCUCCGCUCCAUUCUAAAAAUGACAGAGGAUGAGGAUGGUGUGAAUGAGGCAUUGUCCUCUCAGCCAGAGUGGCUAGUGAAGCGGCAACACCCUGGUAAACGAGAGGAGGACGAGGACGAAGACUCAGGGGAGGUCCAGAAAAGACAGCACCCAGGAAAACGUGAAGACGAAGUUGACUCUUUUGUGGAGCUCCAGAAAACGCAGAAUCCAGGCAAGCGCUCAAUGGUGGAGCAGAUUACAGAGAACUCCGCAUUUCUAAGUGAACUCUCCAAACGACAGCACCCGGGCAAGCGCUACCUGAUGAUGUACAGCAAGCGCCAGCAUCCUGGCAGGCGAGAUGUGGACGACGAGUCAGACGCAGGGGACCUCCAGGAGUUGGAGAAGCGCCAACAUCCCGGCAAACGUUACUGGUAUGACAUGAGUCCGGAUUUGGGCGCCAACAGUCCCCGUGACGUGCUGGACCCUGGCUGCAGUAAAGCCAACCUGUUGCUCGAGCUGUUAGACAACGUGACAAAGAGUCGCGCCGCGGAGAAGAGACAGCACCCGGGCAAAAGGUCCGCACCUGAGGAGGAUUUGACUGAACGGGAGUGACGAGUGGGCUGGCGCCUGCGAAAUACUGUGUUGUAAAAAAAAAUCUAUGUGUAAAUUGAUACAAUUAAUAAUUUCAAGUGGUUUAUUAUGAAUAUAAUAUGGACCCCUCUGCCAUGGGUAGUCUAUAGUUUAUUUGGCAAGCUGCUUUUAUGACGAAUAUUCAGAAAACGUCCCCAGAAAGUAUACUGAGAAAUGUUUAAAUGAGAUAUUAUUAUUAUUCUUUUUUUUUGGGGGGGGGCUUGUGUGUAAUUAAACACACUUGGAUUGCCAGAAUCAGUAACGCUCAAAGGGAUUUCAAGUUAAUGAAUAGCUGUGUUGUUUGCUGGACCAAUAUUGUUGUCAUGAGAUGCUCAGAAAUGUAUUCGUUUUACAGAUUAAGCCUACGUGGCAAAGAAAAAUAAUAAUAAAGCGAAGCAUCUCAGGGAAAUAGCAUUUGGCUCAGCAGGCAGGCAGCCUGCAUCCAACAGAGGACGCAGGCUUUAAAUCUGCUCUUUUCGGUCUGGCGUUGAAUUGCAUGAUUCUAAGUGUCAGAGUUACGUAGACCAAAUUGACCUGUAGUUAGGUUUAUGAUUUAAUGCGUUCAAGUUGUAAACCACAAGUGAUUGUUCCCCGGACAUAUAUAGUGGGUCUCUGGAUUAUUUUCUACUUGAAUAUAUUGCAUGGUAUAAAAACGGAUUAUUAUUGUACAUUUUCUGUUACUAUUGCCUUCAAGUUUAUUAGGGUAUGUAUCUACAACGCUGUUAUAGGCCUACAAUAAAACGCAUUGGUACAGAU